CGGUACUUUACCUGAAAUAUGUUGCAUCUUACGAUCCUCAGUCUGACGAUUAGCAAGACAUCUUUCGAUUUUGUAAAAUUUACCGGUCUAGUGCCUCCCAUAAAUACCAGCCAUGGCUAAAAGACAGCUACAUCGGCUUGCUUUAAUGCGGCCGCGGUUAUCUCAAGCUUCACAUUCACCGUUUCUACGACGUCCAUUCACCCCCAAGGCGAACAACAGCCAAAGCUCGCGCCGGACUCAGAACCUUCUAAUAGCUACCAUUGGAGCUGUCUGCAUAUCAGGAGCAGCCUACAAAAUGGCUGUCCAGAACCCCACCAAAUUCGAUGCGCGUUCCCUCGCCGAACUGGACGAGCGUAACAAACGUGAGAACGGCAUAACCGACGAAUCGCCAAUGCGUCUGCGCAUGGAGAAGUUUAUACGCGAGCAACAAAAAGAGAUUGUGUCGGCGCUUGAGAUGGUCGACGGCAUGUGCUUCCGCGAAGAUACCUGGACACGUCCAAACGGCGGAGGAGGUCUGUCUUGCGUUCUGCAAGAAGGCAAUGUCUUCGAGAAGGCUGGCGUAAAUAUCAGCGUCGUGUAUGGAACGUUGCCCAAGCCAGCAAUUGCAAAGAUGAGAGAAAACCACAAGAGCGUGGAGGCGGAAGUUGACAACCUUGACUUCUACGCCCUUGGCCUUAGCUUAGUCCUCCACCCCCGAAAUCCCAUGGCCCCGACAGUGCACCUGAACUACAGAUACUUCGAGACGAUGCGACCAGAUGGAACGUCACAGGCUUGGUGGUUUGGUGGGGGUAGCGAUCUGACGCCAAGCUAUCUGUUCGACGAGGACGCAGUACACUUUCACAAGACCCUUAAGGAGGCAUGCGACAAGCACGAUAAGGACUAUUACCCUCGGUUCAAGAAGUGGUGUGAUGAAUACUUCUCCAAUAAACACCGUGGUGAAUCGCGUGGCGUCGGCGGUAUAUUUUUUGACGACUUGGACGACACGGUGGCCGACUCUGAGAAUACCUUCUCUUUCAUCCAGGACUGCCUUAAGAGCUUCCUGCCGUCGUACCUCCCAAUUAUUGAGAAGAGAAAAGAUAUGCCAUUCACGGAGAAAGAGAAGGAGUGGCAGCAAGUGCGCCGAGGCCGAUACGUCGAAUUCAAUCUCGUGCAUGACCGCGGAACUUCCUUCGGACUAAAUGUCCCUGGCUCAAGAGUGGAGAGCAUCCUGAUGAGCCUGCCUUUAACAGCGUCAUGGCGGUAUAUGUACGAACCGGAUCCAAGAAGCCGCGAGCAACGCCUCGUUGAUGUCUUAAGAGAACCCAAAGAAUGGGUAUGAUGAUGAAAUCUAACAUAGAGUGGUGUCACCCCUGUCGAUAUGUACAUCUAGGUUUUAAAAAUGGCUUAGGUUUGUAUAAACACGCAUUAUUUAUAAAUAUAGCCUUUAGAGUAUUAAUACAUUUGAACAGCUUAAUGCAACCAGAUCGA